AUGAAUAAAAUUCACCUUGGAAUAAUUAAUAUGUAUAUAUAUAUAUAUAUAUAUAUGGAUUGCUCUAUUCAGGGAAAUAUGGCUCAAUCGGGUGAAACCCAAAUGUGGAACCACCUUCGGGUAAUGCAAGCCCAUUUGGUGAAUAAUCACCCGUGGUGCAAAAUACCCUUAUUACCUGCCCAAGUAUCCUGCAUCUCUUGCUACAUCUUCUAUCCCUGUACGAUGACCUGCACUCUGUCGAGCCUACAUAAAUUGUCCUAA